GGAGGCGAUCGUGCGGCGGCGGGCUUUAUAUCGAGGUUGGAAGGAAGCGAUAGAGGGUGGUGGCGAGGGUUGUCGUGGAGUGUUGUUGCUGACGGAGAAGACAGCAGUUGCAGUUGCCCCGCUUGCCGUCGUGAUCCGCAGCCAGAUCGAGAGAGCGGCAGGGACCAUGAAGGCCAGGCUUUCCACGCGUCGGCAGAGGCUGCUCGUGCAGAGGGUGGUGGACACCCCGGAUUGCAUCACCACUUCGGAGGCUGUCUUCCAGCUCUGCACCACAAUCGGGUGUGGUGUCGUUCCCUGGGCGACGCCUCGAUGGUGGAUAAAGCGUAGAAUAGGGGGCACUUGGAAGGGCUUGCGGGUCUGCGAUGAUGCGAGUGAGGACUUCUGGGAGAAGCUUCACAUGCCUAGGCGAGUUUUCAUGGAGAUCAGCGAAGCCUGUGCACCACAUCUCCAACGACAGGUUACCUUCUACAGAGAACUGCUGCAGCCGGAGCAGAUCGUCGUGUACGCAUUGUACCGGUGGGUGACAGGAGAGACGUAUAACAGCAGCACAUCGUCGUUCGGCGUGGGGAGAGCCUCUGGACUUAUCACGGUGUGUGAUGUGACAUCCGCGUUGCUUCGGGUGUACGCGGACAAGAUAUCGUGGCCGACUGGGGUGCAGAAACACGUCGUGCUGCGGGCAUUCUUGGAGAAGGGCUUCCCGAACUGCCACGGAGUGGUCGAUUGCACACACAUCUACGUGGACAAACUGACGAACGCGCCCAACGAGGAUUACUUUGACCGCAAACAUCAUUUCUCCAUGGUUGCGCAGGUGGUGGUCGACCUCGAUCUGCUCGUUCUGGAUGUUUUCGUUCGAUAUCUGGGGAACUGCCACGACAUCAGGAUCAUCCAGCUGUCCAGUUUGUCGAGGCGCGCAAAAGAGGGGAUGCUGUUUCGCGGGUCAUCUGUGACGCUGCCGGGCGGAGUGACUCGGAGAACCAACGGGUACAUCCUCGGCGACAACGGGUACCCUCCUUCGGAAUGGUUGGUGGUCCCGUACGGAGGAAUCAAUCAAUAUCCCGACGAGGAACGAUUCGACACGAAGCAGAAGGUCGCCAGAGGGGCUGUGGAGAGAGCGUUCGGUAGGUUGAAGGGCAUGUGGAGGUUGUUCCUGCGAACUCACAAGACGAACCUGGACACUCUGUCGCAGCAGUUUACCGCGGUCUGCAUUCUGCACAACAUUCUUCUCGAUGCAAGGAUCGAGUUUGACGAGAAUCUGCUAUGGGAAGUCGACCGGAAUGGAGUGUGGCGACGUGUGGAUUUGGGAAUUCAACUUCCCCCCAAGCUUGUGAGCAAUGCCACUUCAACGGACGAGGCUCUCAUGUUCCGAGACGCUUUGGCGGAGCGAAUGAAACACUUCUCCUACGGGGGAAGCGGAGAGGAUGAGCAGGAUGGAGAAGAUGCCGUCGAUUUUGUUGGCAGCUGGCAUGGACAGGAUGAUGGGCGAGAUGAGGUGGAUAUGCUUAAACACGUCGCAAAUCUUUGCGCGGUUUACGUGGAUGGGGUGUGGGAUGAGGAGCAGGGGUCCAUGGCAGAGGCGGUGGUUGACUUGGAUGUGGGGCAGGUAAAGGGUAAGGUUGGCGAGAAGGAGGCUGGCAACUACAUUAACAACAACAGCAACGGUAUCAACAACAACAACAGCAUCAACAGCAAGAACUUUGAUGGGAGGGUGGCGGAGAGGCGGUGGCUGUGGUGGAGGAGAGGCUGGUAAUGGGCGAGAUUGGUGACAAGGGUGGGGUGGAUGACAACACUAACAACAACAACAAACAACAACAACAAACAACAACAACACGG